AUGGAGCACAAAACAGGCUUCAACACGUUUCCGAGGCUCUGGUUCAAGCUAGUCUUCCUGGGUAUCAGUUUCGGCGCUUUGUGGCAGGGCGUGGAGGCGGCACCAGCAGAACCUCGUGUUCAUGUUGAAAACAAGGCAACGUCGGAGCGCUUCCCAAAACCAAAUGACCCGUUCAACUUCAUUCCUUGCCCCGAUUCCCCAGAGGCGCUGAAAUUUCCUCUCCUGAACGAUACAGACCACCGAGGCACGUGGGGCCAUGUAUCUAAUCCCAACCCCGACACGUGGGCUUGGGGGGAGUCGGCUCUGAAUUCCUCGACCUCGCCGUCUCACAAGCGAAGAGGCCUCUACUUUUGCGGUUACCUGGACGUUCCCUUGGACUACCACAACAAGUCUGAUCCCCGAAUCACUCGAUUAGCCGUUGUCAAAUACCAAGUUUCCGGCGUCGGCAAGAAAAGCCAGAGAACUAUUGUGCUGAACCCCGGCGGCCCGGGAGGAAGCGGCGUUUCGUUUGCUCUCAAAUCCGCAGAGAACCUGGCCGGGGCGUUGACGAACGGCACAUUCGACGUGCUUAGCUGGGACCCCCGCGGCGUCGGCUUCUCACAGCCCCAGGUGGUGUGCUUCCCAUACGCCGGUCUCGAAGACCGCUGGUCCCUGACGGUGAACAAGGAUCUCAAAGAGUCGCCAUGUGCUCGACAACAGCUGGAGACGGUGAAUGCCAUAAACGAAGCCACGUUUCGCUCGUGCCAUAAGACGCUUGGUGACUUUCCUCGAUUCACUUCCACGGCCACCAUUGCUCGCGACGUCGAGUCAAUCCGAAUUGCUUUGAACGAAACGCAACUGACGGGAUACUUUGCCAGCUAUGGAACCACGCUGGCCCAGAUCUACGCCAACAUGUUCCCCGAUAGUGUAGGGCGCAUCAUCUUGGACGGCAUGGACUAUGCCAGAGACCAUCGAGCCGUGGGAGGCUACGCACAAACAGCACUAUACAACACAACCGAUGUCUGGAACGACGGCUUCCUGGGGGAAUGCGUUGCAGCCGGCCCUGAACGCUGCGCACUUGCCAAGCCUGUCAAUGGCUCUGAUAUGACGUUGGGCUCGUUGAAGGAGAGGAUGCAGAAGCUUCUCCAGGGGCUGGCAGAGCGUCCCAUACCAACAUAUAGCAAAAAGAGCGGGCCAUUGAUCAUCACCUACAGCGACGUGGUGUCCUUUAUUUCAGGAACCUUGUAUACGCCGUCAACUUGGCCCAGCGCAGCCAAACUACUCCAGGAGCUGGAAGAAGGCAAGUUGGCGUCGGCCACCGCUAUGGUAGACAAGUCCUGGAGCUUCCAACCGCCGAAUAUGAAUCCCGAACCUGACCCGGGGGCAGAACUACUCCUCAUGGUGGUUUGCGGCGACGCGAGCGACGCCAGCCCGCCCGGCGGUCUGGAUGUCUGGGAGUCUCUCUGGCGGGACAUGGUGAAGAAGAGUUUCCUCAGCGGGCACGCCAACUUCGCGUCCGUGUUUCCCUGCCGCAACUACAAAAGGUACUGGCCGAAAGGGGCCGAGGUGUAUCGCGGCGACUUUAACCAGCCCCUGAGGAACCCCCUCCUGCUGGCGUCCCCGACGCACGACCCGGUCACGCCGCUUGUAAAUGGCCGCAAGCUCCUCAGCGAAAUGGGGAUGAAGAACGCAAGAUUGAUUGUUCAUCAUGGGUACGGCCACGGUACGUGGGCACAUGUGUCAAAAUGCACGGAUGACCUCUUCCGCGCGUACCUCUUGAACGGCACUGUCCCUGAUAAGGCGGAAACCCAUUGCUAUGCUGAUGUGAAACCGUAUCGACCUGCCACUACGGCGGGUAGUAGGCCGGGCUUGGCUGAUCUUGAAGCUGCUUACCAGUCCGCCAUUCCCCGGUUCUAA